UAAAAGCCAAUAUGUUGCAUCAAGUAACUUUCCUCUCUUACUGAAGAGACAAAAACAAGAGCCCUGGUUAGAAGUAUGGGUGAGAUAUUAUUUUUAUGUGGAAGUAAUAAACAGGCUGUUAUUGCUUCAUUGAGUGCUAUUAGUGAGGAUGGUAAGGGAUCUGACAACAAUACAAAGGAUGAGAUAAUUGCAAGAGCUCUUGAUGGCCUUUCAAUGGAAUCGGCAUCCGAUUUACAGAAAGUUCUAAGAGUUGAUGCAUACACUUCUCAAGCUAGUGCUCUCCUGAGGCUUGAAGCUAUGAUUCCUAUUUUCCAAAGCCGUAUGGGGGCAUUGCUAUUUCUUAUUUCUGCCUUACUUUCUCGAGGACUGGAUUCUGUACAAGCUGACAGGGAUGAUCCUAGCUUACCUCUUGUAACUGCACCAUUUGGCCAUGCUUCACAGGAAAUUGUGAACCUGUUGUUGUGCGGGCAAGCUGUACCCAAUGUGUUUGAUGGAAGGAUGGAUUUGGGAGGUGGAAUGUUUUUGAAGGGAAUUUCCAAAAACGUGGAAGUUGGAUUUCUUACUUUACUAGAGUCUUUGAAUUUUUGUAAAGUCGGUCAGCAUUUAAAAUGCCCAAAAUGGCCAAUAUGGGUUGUUGGGAGUGAAUCACAUUACACAGUUCUAUUUGCUCUUGAUAUCUCUGUGCAAGAUGAAAAUGAGCUGGAAGAAAGGGAAUCACAGAUACGAAAAGCUUUUGAUGGACAGGAUCAGAGUGGAGGAGGUGGUUUUAUUGGUGUCGAAGGUUUCCAUCAAGUGCUCAGAGACACAGGUAUCCGGCUCCCACCGGAGAAGCUUGAUAACCUUAGCAGCACGGGCUUUAUUGUAUGGAGUGAGUUCUGGCAGGUUAUUUUAGAUUUAGACAAGAGUUUAGGAGGCCUUAAGGAUUCAACUGGAUUGAUGGGAAAAAAGGUGUUUGAUCUUUAUCAUUUUAAUGGGAUUGCUAAGUCAGAUUUGAAUGGUAGCCAAGCAAUUUUUGGCGGUGAGACUCCAAUUCAAAGACCAAGGCUCACAAAAUUGAGGGUUUCAGUCCCUCCAAGAUGGACUCCUGAGGAGUUCAUGGCAGAUAUGGCAGUGUCCUCUGGUUCUGGUGGGAAUGAGUCAGGUGGAAAAGACACCGAAGUGACGAAACCUGAACCUUCUCAGCAUGCACCUUUGGUUGAUUGCAUCAGAACAAGGUGGCCCCGUGCAGUUUGCAACUGGGUUGGGGAUCCUCCCAGUAUAGUCUGAACAUAUGGUGAUGCCCUCUGGCUAUCUUAAAAUUUUAUAGUGUUUGAACACGGAGGGUGCAAGAUUAGCAAGGGAAAUUGGCAGAAGGCAGCGCUGCUCCUUGAGCUCAGGAGAAGUUAAAAUUAUUUUCUUCCUUCAGUGGUGGUUUUAUAUAUAAUCUAAUUUGAUUUUGAGAUGUGAAGAAUAUUGAGGGGGAAAAAAGAGAUUGUUAUAUCUGAUGUGUAAAAUUCAUUUGGAACCUUCUUCCUUGAUCAGUGAAGUUUUUCAAGUGGGAGAUGUCAAUAAUAGAUCUGUUGAACUUUUCUGUAGCAUGAACUUUCAGGACCUAACCAAGCACUGCCUGCCUUGAUUAUCCAGUGCGUUGGAAAGCAAACCAUUUUAGUUUUAGGGUCUUUAAAUGCGGUUCAUGUUGAAGGUCUCAAGGGAUUUAUUACAGUCAUGGAAAAUUCAAAGCAUCUUGCUAGA